GCUCUGCCGACUGAGCUGCAUCCACAACCACUAGUCCAGUAAUCAAACAUGGAGCAGCAGCUGGGCCUUCCAAAAGUCAGUUCACCUUGAAGGAGGGGCAAAAGACAAAAAGCUCGGAUCUCUGGCUCAUUCCAUCCCGGCCUUUGUCCUCUCCGGCUCCCUAUUGGCUGGGUUGGCUGAAGUCCCAGCAAGGGGGCGGGGCUCUGUGACGCACGCGUGACGUGUUCAGGGGUAUAAAUAGUCGGCGGUCUGCGCUCUCUCGCACAGGAGCCGCCGGCAAGGGGGCAAAGAGGAAGCUCUAUUGAAGCCGGAGAGAAGUUGAAAUUACAGACAUCUUGCCAAAAUGAUUUCUUCAAAGCCCAGACUUGUUGUACCCUAUGGCCUCAAGACUCUGCUUGAGGGAGUUAGCAGAGCCAUUCUCAAAACCAAUCCAACAAACAUCACCCAGUUUGCAGCCGUUUAUUUUAAAGAACUCAUUGUGUUUAGAGAAGGGAAUUCGUCUCUAGAUAUAAAAGAUCUGAUUAAACAGUUUCACCAGAUGAAAGUAGAGAAAUGGGCAGAAGGAGUGACAGUGGAGAAGAAAGAAUGUAUCAAGGAACCCAUAAAACCACCUCCAGUUCCCUGCAAACCCACACAUAUGGAAAAAUCCACAGACACAGAGGAGGACAAUGUAGCUGGACCACUAUUUAGCAACAAAACCACUCAGUUUCCAUCAGUUCAUGCUGAAGUACAGUCUGAGGAGACAAGUGAAGGAGCUCGGGGUCCCUCUGACAAACCGACUACUCCUAAGACCGACUACACCCCACCCUCGUCACCACCUCCAGCGCCUGUCUCUGCCGAGUACGCUUAUGUCCCAGCUGACCCAGCUCAGUUUGCCGCUCAGAUGUUAGGUAAUGUGCCAUCUACUUAUUCUGAAGUUUUAAUGGUGGACGUGGCAACAAGUACGCCCGCUGUUCCCCAGGACGUACUGAGUGCAGAGUUUGCUGAAGAAGUCGUGCUGUCUGCCCCUCUGGUGUGCUCUGGAGAGACGGUAGAAGUGCAGGUUGUGAGCAAAACAUCUGCGCAGGUAGUUGUGGGUCCUGUGUCUGAGGCUGAACCACCAAAGGCUUCCUCAGCCCCCUUGCAGGGUGAACAAGAACCUCCUGCUCAUGAAGCUCCUGAUACCCAGGUUACAUCAGCCAGUCGUAUAUCAUCCAUAUAUAACGAUGUGCCUGUCAAUGAAGGAGUUGUCUAUGUUGAGGAGAUACCAGGAUACAUAGUUAUCCCUUUUACUGAUCAUGAUCAAGUUGCUUGUGUUAAAGAAAUUGAGCAGUCACCACCAGGUAGUCCCAAAGCUGUAGAACCCAAGACUAAAAUAUCUAUAGAGUCUCUGAAAACUGUCCAGGUGGAGGAGAAUUCCCAACACAAGUCCUCAGUACACGUGGAGGCAGAAGCUACAGUUCUGCUCUCUAACACUGCUUUAGAUGGUCAGCCCGAGGUACCUGCAGAACCCCUGGAUGCAGAGGGCUUUUUCAAAGUAGCCUCUGAAAAUUCUCUGCACCUUGAAACGGAGAUCGUUAUCAUAAACCCUGAUGAUCCUGGCCAGGAGGAGUCAGGGGGGAACGCUGCACCCCAUUCAUCUGGUGACCCCUUCCCUCCUGCGCCAGGAGGCCUUACUGAACCAGAAAUGCAACCAGAUGGGGAAGCUGCUCCUGAACAGGUUUGAUGAAGCCAGCACUAGCAACAAGCGAAGCAGGACAACCACCACCAUAUUCUAAUAUGUGGACACUUUAUUGUCUAACUGAUAUGAAUCAACAAAGUCGCCCAUCACCGCCACCUGCACCUGGGCCUUUUCCCCAAGCAACCCUGUAUUUACCUAAUCCUAAGGAGCCACAGUUUCUGCAGAACCCACCGAAAGUCACGUCUCCAACUUAUGUGAUGAUGGAUGACAGCAAGAAGACCAAUGCCCCACCUUUUAUAUUAGUAGGCUCAAAUGUUCAGGAAGCGCAGGAUUGGAACCCUCUUCCUGGACAUGCUGUUGUGUCACAAGCAGAGGCCUUGAAGAGAUAUGCUGCAGUGCAAGUGCCCAUUGCUGUUCCUGCAGAUCAGACAUUCCAGAGACCUGCCCCAAAUCCCCAGAAUGCUAGUCCUCCUACAAGUGGACAAGAUGGCCCCAGACCGAAAAGCCCAGUCUUUCUUUCUGUUGCUUUCCCAGUAGAAGAUGUAGCUAAAAAGAGUUCAGGAUCUGGUGACAAACGUACUCCCUUUGGAAGUUAUGGUAUUGCUGGCGAAAUUACUGUGACUACUGCCCAUGUCCGCAGAGCAGAACCUUAAAAGAGUAGGUAACCCUUCCUACUGUGACAUGUGGGCUGUGACACACUUGAGCCUUCAGCACUUGGGGUUUCAUAUACUUGAUAAAACAUGGGGGAUACAAGUGCUUGGCCUCUAACUAGAAUGUCCAGACACCUUUGAGUACAUGGUAGAUUCGAAAAGAAUAGAAACAAGAAAUAGGGAGGAACCGAGGGGAGAUACUGCAUGUCCAUGCUGACCGAGUAUCCAUGCAAGAGGUUAAAGAGGAGCUAGAAGAACAAUUGGACUUUUAGAGAGACUAACUAUAUGUAUAUGUUACAGGUUGAAAACAGAGGAGCUGAAGGAACAGUUGGACAAUUUUAUCACUCAGUGUAGACAGGGGGGUGACUAGAGCAUGCACCCCAGGGAGAGGACUAGCACUUUACAUGAAGCGCUUGCCAGCCAGGCAUGUGGCUUUCAGCUACUGUGAUCUUGGGGGGCUGAGAGGGAGGCAAUAUUUCAAUUGCAUGGUCAUGAUUUUAAUCACAGCAACCUUGUGUUGUUAAGAGGUGGCCUCAGCAGGAAAUACUAGGAUAUUUUUGAUUAGUACCACCGAUUUUUAAACGAUCUCAUGUCUCUUCAUUAACAGAUGCUGAUGCUGUUUGAUUCAGCAUUCAAGGUGGAGUUUGUCACCAUGUGAACUGUAUCAAUAAACUUCCUGCAAGCAUAAAA